AUGAAGUUUUCUAAAGAGCAAUUUGACUACAGUCUUUACUUGGUAACUGACUCUGGGAUGAUCCCAGAAGGUAAAACGCUUUACGGUCAAGUUGAAGCCGGCUUACAAAAUGGUGUAACUUUGGUGCAAAUCAGAGAGAAGGACGCCGAUACCAAGUUCUUCAUUGAAGAAGCAUUACAGAUCAAAGAAUUGUGCCAUGCUCACAAUGUACCAUUGAUCAUCAACGAUAGGAUUGACGUGGCAAUGGCAAUUGGUGCUGAUGGUAUACAUGUUGGCCAAGAUGAUAUGCCUAUCCCUAUGAUUAGAAAGUUGGUUGGACCAGAUAUGGUUAUUGGAUGGAGUGUCGGUUUCCCAGAAGAAGUCGACGAACUAAGCAAAAUGGGUCCAGAUAUGGUUGAUUACAUCGGCGUUGGUACAUUAUUCCCAACUCUUACGAAAAAGAAUCCUAAAAAAGCUCCUAUGGGUACCGCGGGCGCUAUAAGAGUCCUAGAUGCACUUGAACGUAAUAAUGCACAUUGGUGCCGUACUGUUGGUAUCGGUGGUUUACAUCCCGACAAUAUCGAAAGAGUUCUAUACCAGUGUGUUAGUUCUAAUGGUAAGAGAUCACUAGAUGGUAUAUGUGUAGUCAGUGAUAUCAUUGCUUCUUUGGACGCUGCAAAAUCGACUAAAAUUCUCAGAGGGUUGAUUGAUAAAACCGAUUAUAAGUUUGUUAAUAUUGGACUAUCUACAAAAAAUUCACUAACGACAACUGAUGAAAUUCAAUCAAUUAUCUCCAAUACAUUGAAGGCUCGUCCCCUAGUUCAACAUAUUACUAAUAAAGUCCACCAAAACUUUGGAGCUAAUGUUACAUUAGCUUUAGGCUCUUCCCCAAUUAUGUCGGAAAUACAAAGUGAAGUGAAUGAUCUAGCUGCAAUUCCACAUGCCACACUGCUGUUAAAUACAGGUUCUGUAGCACCACCUGAAAUGUUGAAAGCUGCCAUUAGAGCUUACAAUGAUGUCAAGAGACCAAUUGUAUUCGACCCGGUAGGAUACAGUGCAACAGAAACAAGACUUCUACUAAAUAACAAACUAUUAACGUUCGGUCAAUUUAGCUGCAUUAAAGGCAAUUCUAGUGAGAUCUUAGGUUUAGCUGAACUCAACAAGGAGAGAAUGAAAGGUGUGGAUGCAUCUUCUGGGAUAAGCAAUGAACUAUUGAUACAAGCUACGAAGAUUGUAGCAUUCAAGUACAAGACUGUUGCUGUCUGUACAGGUGAGUUUGACUUCAUUGCUGAUGGUACUAUUGAAGGUAAGUACAGUUUGUCUAAGGGUACCAAUGGAACUUCCGUUGAGGAUAUUCCUUGUGUCGCCGUAGAAGCUGGCCCUAUUGAGAUUAUGGGUGACAUCACUGCUAGCGGUUGCUCCUUGGGUUCUACAAUUGCCUGCAUGAUUGGCGGUCAACCAUCGGAGGGGAAUUUAUUCCAUGCAGUUGUAGCUGGUGUGAUGCUAUAUAAAGCAGCAGGUAAAAUCGCAUCUGAAAAGUGUAACGGCAGUGGCAGCUUCCAAGUCGAACUCAUUGACGCAUUAUACAGACUUACACGUGAGAAUACCCCAGUCACCUGGGCUCCAAAGUUGACCCACACCUAA